UGUGCGCGCUUGGUAAACUCGCGCAGAGGGCUCGCGGUAAAUUCUGUGAGAGCAGAGCACAGCAUCCGGAGGUUGUCGAAGCCCUCGCUGAUGGGCAGGCUAUUGAAAAGCCCUCCUCAUUCCUGAAGUGGCUCGAUUGCUGGUGGCUUAAUCAGAAUGUCACUGCUUCCUCAUAUCUGGAGAUAAACAAUGUUAAAUUGACCUGAAGCAGUCUCUAAAGAUGGCAUCCGCUGAAGAUAUCCAGGUUAAGGAGCUCGACAAGCGGGCUUCCGGUCAGGCUUUUGAGGUCAUCCUGGCUACUCCUGCCCCUGAUGCCAAGGGUGACUUUCCACUGUCUCCUCCCAAGAAGAAGGAUGUCUCACUGGAGGAGAUUCAGAGGAAGCUGGACGCUGCAGAGGAGAGACGCAAGAACCAUGAAGCUGAGGUUCUGAAGCACUUAGCUGAGAAGCGAGAGCAUGAAAAAGAAGUGCAACAGAAAGCCAUGGAGGAGAACAACAACUUCAGCAAGAUGGCAGAGGAGAAGCUCAACCAGAAGAUGGAGGCUAACAAAGAGAACCGCACAGCAAUUAUGGCAGCGAUGAAUGAGAAAUUCAAAGAGAAGGACAAGAAGUUGGAAGAGGUGCGAAAGAACAAGGAGACCAAAGACCCCAACUCAGAAGAAGGCACUUCGGAAGACUGAAGGUUACAAACGGGGGAUUGUAUAGGGUUUUUUACGUAUCCAAAGAUUGAUUUAUUUUUUGUUCAGUCAGUAUUUUUGUUGUGUUCACUGCCCACCUUUUUGAAGUAAAUACAAGUUUCACUUUGUGAAGAUAUCAAUUCUUCUGCUAAGUGUAUUUGCGCUGGUUUUACAUGUGGAUCAUCCUGCCCUCCCCCUCUUGUCUAAUUCAUCUGAUUAUGUAGCUUGUCAGUGCAGCUUCUGCCCUUUUUGAAAAUUAGCAGUGUGUAACAUACCCUUUUUGAGGAAGCAUGUUUCUAUGCAUAGGUCUUUAUUCCUACAGAUUUCAUAGUGCGUUUUGAAAAUGUCCCUGUGAACCACACCUGUUCUCGGCACUUACUGUGUAUUUAAAAAAAGAAAAAUUAAAUUAAAAAAAAAAAAUCUCAAAGUAGCACAAGGUUUGAUUUUUGGCAUCGGCUGUUAUACAUACAAGUGUUUAGUGCAGCUUUGCUACCCAGAUUCUGCUUGUUUGCUCCUGCAAAUCAUGUUUCGUGCUGCUGCUUAUUCUUUGCUUUUGUAAAAACACGGGGUUGUCCUCAAAGCACAUGACUUCUUGCUGUAUAGCUGUGAAUUAACAUGCCAGAUAUGGAGAUGGAUGUCAUCUUGAACAUUACUGAUUAGGGUUCUACACAUGGAAUGCAGAAGAGCAAUACACACUUUGGCAUCUCAAUAGAUACAGUGACUAGUUGACUUGAACUGUUGUACUAAAACAAAUAAAAAUGGAACAAAGCAC